AGUGUCCUGUUUGUGAUGGUGUUUUUUCCCCUUAGAAAAGAAAAGCCAUCUUCUUCCUUGGGAGAAAGAUGGAAAGAUACAGCAGAGACAGUGAUCAUCGGAGGUGGUUGUGUUGGUGUGAGUCUAGCCUACCAUCUGGCCAAGGCUGGCAUGAAAGAUGUUGUUCUACUGGAGAAAUCUGAACUCACUGCUGGAUCUACCUGGCAUGCAGCUGGUUUAACAACUUAUUUUCAUCCUGGAAUAAAUCUGAAGAAAAUCCAUCACUACAGCAUCAAACUCUAUGAAACACUGGAAGAAGAGACUGAGCAGGCUGUGGGCUUUCAUGAUCCAGGCAGCAUCAGAAUUGCUUCAACUCCUACUAGAGUUGAUGAGUUCAAAUAUCAAAUGACUCGUGCUGGCUGGCAUGCAACAGAACAGUAUUUUAUUGGGCCCGAGAAAGUACAAGAGCUGUGUCCUUUACUGAACAUGGAAAAGGUUUUAGCUGGUCUGUAUAACCCUGGAGAUGGUCACAUUGAUCCCUAUUCUCUCACUAUGGCCUUGGCUGCAGGAGCUAGGAAAUAUGGUGCCUUGUUAAAUUACCCGGUUCAAGUGACUAAUCUAAACUCUAGAUCAGAUGGGACAUGGGAAGUUGAAACUCCAUUGGGAGUAAUUCGAGCAAACAGAAUAGUGAACACAGCAGGCUUCUGGGCUCGGGAAAUAGGCAAAAUGAUUGGACUUCAGCAUCCUCUGAUACCAGUUCAUCACCAGUAUGUUGUGACAUCAACUAUCCCUGAAGUGAAAGCUCUGAAAAAGGAACUGCCUGUGAUUCGUGACUUAGAAGGUUCAUAUUACCUAAGGCAGGAAAGGGAUGGGCUUUUAUUUGGACCAUAUGAAAGCCAGGAGAAAAUGAAAAUACAGGAAUCAUGGGUAACAAAUGGAGUUCCACCAGGUUUUGGAAAGGAACUCUUUGAGUCCGAUUUAGACAGAAUAAUGGAACAUAUAGAGGCUGCAAUGGCAAUGGUUCCAGUCCUGAAACAAGCAGACAUCAUUAACACGGUUGCUGGGCCUAUCACCUAUUCUCCAGACAUUCUUCCUAUGGUGGGGCCACAUCAAGGUGUCAGAAAUUACUGGGUAGCUAUUGGCUUUGGAUAUGGCAUUAUCCAUGCCGGUGGUAUAGGAAAAUAUCUCAGUGAUUGGAUCUUCAAUGGGGAGCCUCCUUUUGAUCUAAUAGAAUUGGAUCCGAAUCGUUAUGGAAAAUGGACCACCACAGAAUAUACAGCAAUCAAAGCAAGAGAGUCUUAUGGAUUUAACAACAUUAUUGGUUAUCCGAAAGAAGAAAGGUUUGCUGGGAGGCCUACAGAGCGAGCCAGUGGGCUUUAUGAAGUGCUUAAAUCCAAAUGUUCAAUGGGUUUCCAUGCAGGAUGGGAGCAGCCACAUUGGUUCUACAAACCAGGAGAUGAGAUUGGAUACAAACCCAGUUUUCAACGCACAAACUGGUUUGAGCCCGUGGGUCGUGAGUAUCAGCAGGUUGUGGAAAAAGUGGGUGUGAUUGACCUGUCACCGUUUGGCAAGUUUAAAAUCAGAGGCAAAGAUUCUGUUAAACUGCUGGAUCAUCUGUUUGCAAAUGUCAUUCCAAAGGUGGGAACCACAAAUAUAAGUCACAUGCUAACACCAACAGGCAAAGUUUAUGCUGAGUUAACAGUCUCUCAGCUAUAUCCAGGGGAGUUUAUGCUUAUCACUGGCUCCGGGUCAGAACUCCAUGAUCUGAGGUGGAUAGAAGAGGAGUCAAAGGCAGGUGGAUACAAUGUUGAAAUUAAAAAUAUUACAGAUGAGAUGGGAGUACUUGGUGUAGCAGGACCAUAUGCACGAAAGGUCCUCCAAAAACUGACUACUGAGGAUCUUAGUGCUGCCGCAUUUAAGUUUCUUCAGACCAGACAUUUUAAGUUUUCUGACAUUGAUGUUACUGCUAUAAGGAUAUCCUAUACAGGUGAACUGGGUUGGGAGCUCUACCAUAAAAAAGAAGAUUCUGCAGCUCUUUACAAUGCUAUAAUGGAAGCAGGGCAGGAAGAAGGAAUUGACAAUUUUGGAACUUAUGCUAUGAAUGUCUUGAGGCUGGAAAAGGCUUUCCGGGCUUGGGGGGCAGAGAUGAACUGUGACACUAAUCCUUUGGAAGCAGGACUGGAAUAUUUUAUAAAGCUAAACAAGCAAGCAGACUUCAUAGGAAAGCAAGCAGUGAAGCAGAUUAAAGAAAAAGGGCUUAAACGGCGACUGGUGUAUCUCACCUUGAAAACGGAUAAUGUUGAUCCAGAGGGAAAUGAAAGUGUGUGGUAUAAUGGCAAGGUUGUUGGUAAUACCACAUCUGGCAGUUACAGCUAUAGCACCCAGCAAAGCUUGGCUUUUGCGUAUAUCCCCACAGAACUAAGCAAAGCUGGACAGAAACUGGAAGUUGAACUACUCGGAAAAAAAUAUGUGGCAGCUGUUAUCCAGGAACCAUUGGUGCUGACUGAACCAACAAGAGAGCGCCUGCAGAGAAAGGGUGGGAGUGCCAAGGUGUAAAUUCAGAGGGCAUUUAUAGUAAAUUAUCCAGUACUGAAUGGUUUGAUUUCCAACUGGAGGAGGACAGUAGGAUCCUCUGGGCUGCUAUCCCCUUUUUCUCUGAGCCCUAGUGGGCAGGAAAUGAUUGAAGAAUGAGCAAGCCCAUUAUUCAGCUUCUCCAUGCACUGGGCAGCAGAGCUGAACUAGUGUAGAGAUGGAAGUAGUUUGCUAUUGGUAUUAGAUGAUAACUACUUUGCCUCUUUCCAAAUCAUAUUUUAUUCUGGUCUGCACCUGGGGCAGUACAGCUACAUGUUGCUCUGUAUAUCUAGCCCUGACUAAAGUCAUAGUCUAAUCCCUGGAGGAGGAGCUAGUUCGGUCCACAUAAACAUGUCCUGGAAAAAAAUUGAAGUCUGCUCCAGAACAAUAUUUUUUUUAAAUGUUUAAAAGACAGACUGAGUUGAUAAUACUUCUUCAGCUGUGUUACUCUGGCAUGGAUUUUGAUGGAGGAGAGCAAUUCAAUCCACCCUAAUGAAGUAAUUCUAGGAAGGUCACUAUACUAUGGAGGAUUUUGUUGUGGAUCAUCUAGUAGACUAUAUGCUGUAUUAUUCAACAUGAACAGUAUUGCUACUCAGUUUUUACAAUCUACUAAAAUGUACUAAAUCAAGCAGCCUUUUCCCCAUGGUUUUUCCUUUCUCUGUUAGUUAACAAAUAAGCAGUAAUAAGGACAAUGUGAUGUUAUACAAGUAAGUAUUUUGGUUGAAAAUAUAUAUAGAAAACCAUAGCAUUUAUUUCAGUGUUAGUCUUUUGAUCAUCCAAAUAAGCAAGAUUUUGGAUAUUAUAAAACAGAAACAAGGGAAACAUUGAAUUAUUAUAACAAAAUUGUCAAUUCCACAAUAUACUCAACACUUCUCUUUGGAUCACAAUGUUGUCAUAAUUCCCAAAAUUGUCAUAACCUAAAAACGACUUUAAAAAUUCUGGAAUACUUGUUUAGAUAGCAUGCAACAUUACAUUGUUGAUAGCCCUUUUCAAAGGUCAUGUAAAAAGAAAUUGCCCCAAGUGUACUGUUUUACAAAGGAAUUGGUACUUUGAAAUCCUCAGUAAAGAAGUGGAGGUAUAAAUAGAACAUGCCAGUAGAAACACAGUUUGAAUAAUGAGCGCUUAUCAUUGCCACCAACCUAAUGCAAGCUGACAUUACAUUGUGCAGUUCUGCAUAUCCUUUUACAAAGCAGGUCAAAAUAAAGUAUAGGAGCUGACAGGAUUGCACAUAGUGCUAUCUUGAGUGAAAAAUCCAUUUGGAAAUUAUUCUCUGUUAUGCUUUCAUAAGUGAUUUAGCUGUACUUUGCAGAACCAAUCAGGGGUGUUAUUUUUCCUAAAGGUGACAUUAUUUGUAAUCGAGCGCUUGGUGUAUGUUAGUUUGCCACUACUUUUCUCUUAUAAUUAAAGAAAGCUAAAAU